GAGAAAAAAAAACAGAAUCGCAUGCCCUGUGGCUGCAGGGAUCCUCGCCUGUAACUGUUUCCACCCGCUCUGCGCCCUGGCCUCUUGUUUCCGUCCGGGACACCUCUUCCCCCUCCAGCCCCGAGCAGACAAAGCCGCGGGCGCAGGGCGCAGGGCGCAGGGCGCGGGGCUGGGACCGACGUGGCAUGGAAACCUCCGCGGGGCUGGGCAGCCGCGCGCCCCGGGACCCGGCCCAGCCCCCGCCCGCCGCCCAGUCCUGACGGCCCGGCGGCGGCACAGGGACAUGGGUAGGACCGGCCGGCGGCUCCGCUCCCCGGACGCGGACGCUUUCCCCUGAGCAUCUCUGCUUUGGCUGGAGAAGCCGGGCCCCGCGGAGUAGCUCCUGGGGGUGGCCAUGGGGUGCGGGCUCCGGAAGCUGGGCGACCCCGAGGACAGCAGCCCUGGGAAGAUCUUCUCCACCCUGAAGAGACCGCAAGUGGAAACAAAGACAGAAGUUGCCUACGAGUAUGUGUUGCUGGACUUUACUCUACAAGCGUCACCAAACCCGGAAGUCAUCAAGAUCAGCUCCAUCCCAGACAUAGUAACAAAAGUGGACGAGUACUAUCGCAAAGGCUACGUUGUCGGGGCGGUUCACCCUGUCCUUCAGCCUGUGCGCCAGCGGAGGCCCCUGCCCGCCAGCCACCUGUACCGGGUGGUGCUGUGGCGCCUGAAGUUCAGCCCGAAGCUCUCAGCAGCACCCAGCGGACAGAGACGCCCACGGCUGGUGAUUGAGGAAUGUCCUCUAAUGCAUGAGACGCAAGCAAAUGACGUAGCAAAAGAACUGAUAGAAAAGAUCAAUGAAGCUUCUAAGCGAGGACGGAGGUUUGUGGGACUCCUGGCCCAGCAUUCUGCGCCGUUCUGCAACGGGACCGACCUGGACGGAGCCGGAGAGCCCGCCCUGCCGGGGCGCCACUCCUGCGAGGACAACGGGAGAGGCUGGAGUGAAGGCCCCCUGGGCGGGCAGCCCUCGGAGAGUGGGGCGGAGGGAGAGCUCCACCCCGAGAGCGGGCCAUGCCAAAGGGAGCCACACGGCAGCCCCAGGGCCUCCGAGGCAACACGGGGAGAAGAUAACAAGUUGUAUAUAGUCUUCAACGUGUUUGAUGAUGAGUCCACCGGCUGGACCUACCAGGAGGGCGUCCUGUCCAUGAAAGUCACGAGGAAAGGACCCGUCAUUAGCACACUUGAUGCUGAUUGGCUGGAGUUAACGACUUUCUACUAUAAGCAAGGCUUGUCUUUAAUUGACUCUUUUGUGUGCUGGGAAACCCCUAGAGGGGACCACGUGCCUAAAGCGCUGGACGGGUUCUUCAUCUACGAAGAGGAAGGCUCCGGGGUGCCAGGGUCCAGCCGAACAGGAAAUGACGCCAUCGUGGUGGAGCAAUGGACUGUUAUCGAGGGCUGCGAGAUCAAGACGGACUACGCGCCCCUGCUGCACACGCUGGCGGAGUUCGGGUGGCUCCUGACCAGCGUGCUGCCGACACCUGUCCUGAGACAUGACAGCGAAGGGAAUUUGGCUACAAAGCAGGUGGUGUUUCUUCAGAGACCCGCUCUGUGGAAUUCAGCGGCUCAGACCCCGGAAAGGAAGGCCGGCCGGCACGUAAAAGGUGAAGACAGGCACAGAGUCGGCAGCCGGAGCAUCGGCCUGGACACGGCCACGUCCCCGCCCAGCGAGCACCGCGCCCCGCCCGAGGGCACCCCGCCUCCUGCCAGAGAGCCCUGGACGCAGGGGCCCGCGCUCUCGGGGCUGGGCGUCCUGCGGGACCUGGACGACGGGCAGCUGGACCAGGAGGACGGGGUCACGCAGGUCACGUGCAUGUGACAGGGAGCCCAGCCCAGGGCCCUGCCCACGGUCAUUCCCACCGCGGCCGUGGCUUUCCUGUGCGACUCUGUCGGCGUGUAUUAACGCCUUGGAUUUUUCCAGGCUCAGGCUCCUCCUCAUCCGCGUACUCUUGGGCUCAGCCUCCCAGGCCAGGGAGGGGAAUCAGCGUGUUCGUACAUCGAGGCACGUUCACACGCCUCUCAGAUAAACGCCUCUGUUUGAACAGAUGCCGCCUUAGGUUGCUAACCGAGACCCUGCGUCAUUUUCUCACGAAUGCACCUGGUACCAGGGCGACUUCUCCAUCCUCCCGGCAAGAAGACCGAAGGUCUCAGCCGGCACGGUGCCCCCUGGACGGGUCUCAGGAAGUGAGAGUCCUAAUGACCCUGAACAGUGCCCCUCCCACACGCAGGCACACACACAGGGCUAAGGAACGGAACGCCUCCUUCCUGGACCUAACAAUGGAUCCAGCCAUGCUGUGUAUAUACAGGGCAAACCCUCACCGGUUAGAAUGUCUUUUGAAAAAAGUCCUUUUUGUUGUCGUUGCUUUCAAAGGGUCGCCAUCUUCCUGCCCUGUGCUAACCCACUGAGCUUCACUAUAGUCUACAGUGAGAGAGAGAGAGAGAGAGAGAGAGAGAGAGAGGCGCAUCCCUCACCACUCACCGUGGAAAGAGCCCAAUCUCAGCCUUUAAAAACCUUAGUUGACAGGAAGAAUUGACUUAUUUCCUUUACAUUGUAAAUAGUAUGAAAAGGGGAGACAUCAAUUUGAGUGGAAACUGAAGCCUUCACGCCUGCCGAGCUGUGAAUUGCACUUUUACUUCGACGGCUGCAUCAGGAAGCGCCUGGGACCCCAGAGCCUGGCGCCCAGAGCACGGGGAUGGGUCUGGACGGGGAUGGGUCUGGUGGCCCCGCGGGUCCCUCUCUGCCCUCCGUGCUCUGCAAGGGGGGGGGUGCGGGAGGUGGGGGCCUGUGCCUCGCCCCGACUUCAGCAGGUAAAGAUGGAAAGUCUACAGAACAGAGGCUCUGCAUUUCUCCAUGAAAGGCUGGCUUUGAAAUGUGGGCACCUUCAAGGGAAGGACAGCUGGCUUUGCCAUUGAUGAACUCAGCAUAUUCUAUAUUUUUAUUAGCAGUGGUGCUGACAUUAGAAGAUCACUUGAAUAAUAAAAUGUCAUUUGUUA